ACAUUCAUUUUCAAAUUUCUACAGCCUCACAUAUUUUCAUCAGCUAUAAAAGACCACUGAUAUGAGUUUGUCAUCAUUUUAUUCACCUCCUGACUGAUCAAAGAUGGAUCUGAACAUUUGUAUUGUUCUCCUUUGCACUCUUUUCGCUGGAGGACGCUCACUUAAAUGUAAUGAGUGCAUAGAUGUGACGGGUUCUUGUGUAAGCAAAGAGACAACGUGUUCCUCUGCAGCUAAUACAUGUGCAAGUACAAGAGUGGUAACAACUACUGGCGAAACUACGUCCAUCUUGCAGACUAAGAGUUGUAAUGUGAUACAGAACUGUCGAAACGUAUCCUUUAACUUUGGCGUUUUAAGGACAAAAUUAUCCAUGGAGUGCUGUAACACAGACCUUUGUAAUAGCAUAAAUGUCCCAGAUUACAUCUCUGACAGUCCCAAUGGAAAACAAUGUUACUACUGUGAUGGGAAGAGUUGCUUGAACACUUUAAACUGUUUAGGAGAUGAAGACUACUGCAUUACAGCAACAACAAAUAUUACAUCUCUGUCAACAACUGUAAAGGGAUGUACCACUAAAUCUAUCUGUGAUGAUGUAUCACAAGCGCCUUCAGGUUUCAUGGGCUUAUCAUGCUGUCAGGGGAACCUGUGUAACGGUGUUAGAAGUGUCACACAAACCUACGGACGCUCACUUAAAUGUAAUGAGUGCAUAGGUGUGACGGGUUCUUGUGUAAGCAAAGAGACAACGUGUUCCUCUGCAGCUAAUACAUGUGCAAGUGCAACAGUGGUAACAACCAAUGGCGACACUUCGGUAACUAUGGAGGCUAAGACUUGUGAUGUGAUACAGAGCUGUGGGAAUGGAUCCCUUAACUUUGGCGUUUUUAGGUCAAAAGUAUCCAUGCAGUGCUGUAACACAGACCUUUGUAAUAGCAUAAAUGUCCCAGAUUACAUCUCUAACAGCGCCAAUGGAAAACAAUGUUACUACUGUGAUGGGAAGAACUGCUUGAACACUUUAAACUGUUUAGGAGAUGAAGACUACUGCAUUACAGCAACAACAAAUAUUACAUCUCUGUCAACAACUGUAAAGGGAUGUACCACUAAAUCUAUCUGUGAUGAGGUAUCACAAGCGCCUCCAGGUUUCAUGGACUUAUCAUGCUGUCAGGAGAAUCUGUGUAACGUUGUUAAGAGUGUCACACAAACCUACGGACGCGCACUUAAAUGUAAUGAGUGCAUAGGUGUGACGGGUUCUUGUGUAAGCAAAGAGACAACGUGUUCCUCUGCAGCUAAUACAUGUGCAAGUGCAACAGUGGUAACAACCAUUGGCGACACUUCGGUAACUAUGGAGGCUAAGACUUGUGAUGUGAUACAGAGCUGUGGGAAUGGAUCCUUUAACGUUGGCGUUUUUAGGUCAAAAGUAUCCAUGCAGUGCUGUAACACAGACCUUUGUAAUAGCAUAAAUGUCCCAGAUUACAUCUCUAACAGCGGCAAUGGAAAAAAAUGUUACUUCUGUGAUGGGAAGAGUUGCUGGAACACUUUAAACUGUUUAGGAAAUGAAGACUACUGCAUUAAAGCAACAACAAAUAUUACAUCUCUGCCAACAACUGUAAAGGGAUGUACCACUAAAUCUAUCUGUGAUGAUGUAUCACAAGCGCCUUCAGGUUUCAUGGGCUUAUCAUGCUGUCAGGGGGACCUGUGUAACGGUGCUAAGAGCAUCACACAAAACCUCCUCUUUCUCUCCUGGCCGCUCUUCUUUUACAUCCUGAUCCACUAAAUUCAACUUUACAGCAUGAAAACUAAAAAUGACGACAACAGAAUUUGACAUAUUUUGGAACAGUGCUUAACACAUUAAUUAGACCACCACCCAAUGUAAGGUUUGUGCCACAGCUGCUCAUUUGUUUAUGUUUCUGUAUUAGUAAUCUUUAAUCACAGUAAUAUUUCUAAUGCUAAAAUAAAAUUAUUGUUGCUAUUUACUUGCAGUCCUUAAUAGGAACCUAGAUUUUAAUAGUUCAAUGUUACACUUGAUUUAUUUCUGACUUCUGAGAAAGGUUAAACUCACAUUUGGGUAUAAAAACACAAUUCAAUUUGACAUUCAUUAAUCAUGUUUAAAAUUAUGAAACAUGAAGAACUUUAUAAAAAGGAAAGAGUUUACAUUAAAGCAUUUUGUGAUGCUGGAUGAUUUUUGAGACAAAUAGACAGUGGUCUUAUAAAUUUGUUUAGCAUUGUAGAUUUAUUUUCAUUGUAUUAUUUUGUGUUACUAUAUGUAUUGUUAAGGAAAGAUAUAUAUGAAUAAUAAAAUAUAACUUUUAAAAAUG